AAUUUAAUACUAACGGUUUGUUUUUGUUUACAGCUCUCCGAGUUGGAGCAAAGGGUUUUGGAAGCGGAGGGUCGAGCGGAAGAAGCGGAAGACAAGGUACGAAUAAUGGAACAAAAGCUGGCAUGGUCGCAAUCAAAUGACUCCAACACCCAGAUAUCGCGUCUGGAAGGAGAGAUAGAAGAGCAACGCCAAUUGAGAUUACACGACGCCCGCCAGGUCGAAGCUAAAGCCGCCCGCAUAAAGGAAUGGGUCACGAACAAACUUAGGGAAUUGGAACAGCAGAACCAGGUUUUAAGGGAGCAGAAUAUCAAGUGCAAUCAGCAGUUGGAACUGUUAAAGAAUCACAUAGCAUUGAGUGAUAGGAGAAGAUCGGAAAGUUGCUCUCCCGAACCGAGAGGUCAGGUCGCCGUCGGGCAGAGCGCGUCGAGAACCUCCCGACACCGCAGGCAUCAAUCAGUUUGCAUAUCUACAAAUUCAUUCGAACCAUCUGUGCCAAGUGCUAGCUUUAUAAACAGUAAUUUUGUAACUAGCAAUUCAAGUAUGGAUCCUCUCUCGGAGGAUUUGCGCGUGGCUGUCGAUAAUUUAAGUUUAGGUCGAAUAACGAGCGGUAGUGCCUCCGAUCCCGAUUUAGCGCACGAUUACGCUGAAAUAUACACGCCCAGUCGAGAAAAGGUUCCUUGGCCCAGGGCACCCACGCCGCCCCUCCAUCGAUUUCCCAGUUGGGAAAAUAGGAUAUAUCAAGUUGCCGCAGAUGGAUUGACUUUGACAGGCACGACACCUAGUGAUGUGGGACCCGAGCAGGCGGGUUACCAAGAUAUUCCGGUGCCUGUAUAUGCAACUGUCAAGGGAAGAGCUAGUCAAAUUAGGUCUAUGCCCUUCACUGGGGACUCUUCGGACGAUUCGAGCGAUGGCGAAGGCAACAAUACAGCGGCAAUCGACGGAACUAAUACUCACAGUAGAAGUUCGGGUGAUACAACAGGUUCGAGUCCUGGCAAACGAACAGCCUCGAGUAGCAGCGGGUCGCCGAGUAAAAGUAAAACAAGAGGCGUUUCAGAUACCUCAUUCGAGUCGGGUAUGUCAGAUGAUUACGCAGUGCCUCCAGACGCCCUUAGUUGUGAUACGACAAGUUUAGAAUCAUCAAUCUUGCGAACCUCGUUUAUGGAUAGUCCCAAUAAAAAAUCGGAGAGUAUAGAGAAGAGUGGAUCUUUAGCGAAAUUAGGUGGAAAAUUGAAAACGUGGCGGAAGCGGUGGUUUGUUCUAAAAAAUGGUGUUUUAACGUACUACAAGAACCAAAGUGAUAUUAAUAGGAAACCUCAAGGGCAAAUAUUAUUAGAUGAAAUUUGUAAAAUAACGAGAGCGGAUGGGUCCAAUACUUUUGAAAUUGAUACAGGGAAGAAAACGUACUAUUUAACUGCUGACUCGAUCACUGCAAUGGAAGACUGGGUACGAACCUUGCAAAAUGUACAGCGCCGAAAUGCGACAAAGUUAUUGUUAAGUAAGGAGGAGAAUAAGCCAUCCGUUCAAGGAUGGCUUACCAAAGUUAAGAAUGGGCACGCGAAGAAAUGCUGGUGUGUGUUGAUAGGAAAAAUGUUUUUGUAUUUUAAAUCUCCUACUGACACUACACCGGCCGGACAGAUCAACAUGCGCGAUUCACGGGUGGAGGAAGUUGAUCAUUUGUCUGAUUCCGAUUCCGAGGACAAGGAUGCUGAAUGCACAGAGUUGACAUUGGGCAUAUUUCCUAAUCACCAAGGACCGACCUACCUACUCUGCCCUGGUAAACAGGAAAAAGAUUCGUGGUUGUACCAUCUGACGGUUGCAAGCGGCGGGGGCCCUAGUAGUGGUACACAGUACGAACAGCUCAUCCAUAAAUUGAUGGAAGUUGAUGGCGAUACGAAUUGUGUACUUUGGAGGCAUCCCGUUUUACUGCACGUCCCGUGCACCAAAGAUGGAGCUAUUCCUUCCUACUUCCCACUCACAACUCUUCCAACCGAAGCACUACAGGCCGAAGCAAUUAAGCAGUUUAAGUGUCUGCAGCUGUUCAUGUCGGCGGCCGUCGAUCAGGCCGGUAUCGACUAUCACGUGAUAUUAGCGCAGAAUGCGUUGCAACAGUGUCUGGAUAUGCCAGAACUCCAAGCUGAACUUAUAUGCGCGCUUAUUAAACAAACGAGCAAAAGUUCGCCCCUGCCCAAGCUAGGAGUUCAGGCUUCUCAAGAAGAUAAAUACAAAGAACACAAGGAGUACUAUAAAGACCACAAGGAUCAUAAGGGACCUCCUAGUUAUACUUUGAUACAAGGAUGGCAAUUAUUGGCUUUGUCCGUUAGUCUUUUCGUUCCCAAAUCUUCAAGAUUGCUAUGGUUCUUGAAGCAUCAUCUCCAGCGUAACGCCGAUAACAGAACGGAGUGUGGAAAAUACGCUUCGUAUUGCGAGAGAGCGUUGGAACGAACCAUUUUGACAGGUGGACGAGAAUAUAAACCAUCCCGAAUGGAAGUUCUAAGUAUACUGCUGAAAAAUCCUCAACACCACGCGCUACCUCACUCAAUGCCAGUGCAUCUCCUCAACGGAACAUAUCACAUUUCAAGUUUCGACGGUUCGAGUACGGUGAAAGAGUUCCAAGACAGUUUGGCAACAGAAAUUGGCUGUAGGGCGACAAACGGCUUCGCUUUAUUCAGCGACGAUCCCAUUGAAAAAGACCUGGAACACACUCUCGACCCUUCGGCGAAGUUAUGCGACGUUAUCUCCAAAUGGGAGGUGGCCUUGCGAGAGAAAGGUCUAGGCAAAUUCGAAAAUACGCGAGUCAUAAGGGUGACAUACAAAAACAGGUUAUGGUGGAAGAAUAGCUCGAGAUUGGAAACCGACAAGGAACGUCUGUUGCUGUGCUAUCAAAUCAAUAAACAGAUAGUUGCUGGUCGGUUUCCAUUGAGCAAGGAGCUCGCAUUGGAGCUUGCCGCUCUCAUGGUCCAACUAGAUACCGGAGAUUGCAGUUUCGGCUCGCAUAAAAACACUAGCAUUAACAACACUUUAAACUUACACACGGCACAAAGUGCACACGCCCAACCCACGAGUACCCACCUGCAAUCGCUCAGCGCACAUCAAAGUCCGAAUAGUACGUUAAACGGAUCGAGCCUUCACGGAACUCUUAGCCCUAGCAACCUGCUGCAAAAUUCGAGCACGCUGACCGCUUUAAAUAGUGUACAUCACAUUCUUACCGCGCACUCGAAUCAAGCGUUAAGUGCGAUAGAUAAGUUCUACCCGUAUAGGUACAGAGAUCAGUUGAGUCAGGAGGCGCUCGCCGAUUUGCAGGCGAAACUGUUGGAGAAGUGGCGCGCGCUGAAAGGGCGGACGCAACUCGACUGUGUUAGGAUUUAUUUAACUUGCACCAGAAAAUGGCCUUUCUUUGGAGCUACUCUGUUCCAGGCAAGACUGCGUCAGCACGACUCCCCUAUGAUAUGGUUGGCUGUGAAUGAAGACUCAAUUACCGUACUAGAUUUAGCAACGAUGCAACAAUGCGUUCGUUAUCCCUAUACGAACGUCUUGACUUUCGGCGGUUGCCAGGAAGAUUUUAUGUUAGUGGUAACGCAAAACGAUCAGCAGCCGUCGCAGAAGUUAAUCUUUUCGUUGAGUAAACCGAAAAUAUUAGAAUUAACGCUUCUAAUUGCGGACUAUAUGAAUCUCCUCAUACAAAACCCGGGCACCCCUCUUUUAGGCACGUUAAGUAGGGGCACAAUGGUCUCCGUAAAUCAAUCGGUCGUGAACCAAUCGAUCAUCAAUCAGGCGAUUGUCAGUCAAAGUCAGCCGGAUAUUUUAAAGUCAACGCCCGAUCACGGUUUACAAAGGUCAGAUUCGAAAAGACGGACUCACAUUGAUUCCGGUCUCGCGUGAUAUUGUCAUAAGGUGGUAAGUUUUUGUUGCAACAACGUUUUAGUUUGUUGAGGUGUAAUAUUUGAUUGUGAUUUAAAUAUUUUAAAUUAUUUGUUGCUUUCUAACGCUAUGUGCCACAUAACUUAGAAAAUGGUAUGUAAAUAGUUUACUGUUUGUCUGUAUUUUGUGAGCAGAUGUAUAUACAGUGCGAUAGAUUUAUGUAACGAUAUCAUUUUUAGCUUUUGCCUGAGAAAAUACAUACGACAUAUUCAGUAUUUUUAUGAUAUUUUAUAACAUACAUGUACCUUUUCUAGUAAACUCUCUCUGUAGCCAUCAAUAUGGUGCAGGCUAAUUCUUAAUUUUUUAGUCUUCAUAAUCGUCAUUGUGAACGAAGAAGUCAUUUAAAUGUUAAACUAGUCUUACAGUUUCUUAUUUAAUAGUUACCAUGAUGAUAUUUUAAUUAACUGUUGACUUUCUAUGAUGAAUAGAUUCAUUAUCUAAAUAUUUUAUACAAAUUUAUUA